UGGCAAGCAGGUCUCGAGGCAGACCACACAGUUCAUCUUAUUCGAGGUUCUGCCGCAGCUGCUUCUGCUAGUGCAACCAAUGUUGUAAAUCCAAAUGCUAAUCAGGAUGCUCCCAGGGUUGCUGUUCCCACUACAGGGGGGCUAUUUAUCAGAGUUGGUGGAGGUCCACUCUUUUCUGGACUUGGAAGUAGAGGUGGUUCGUUUGGAGCUGGACUUCCAGAUUUUGAGCAGGUCCAGCAACAUGACUCCAAUAUGAUGAGAGAGAUAUUGAAUAUGCCUCUAGUUCAGGAUCUAGUGAAUGACCCAGAAAUCAUUUGCAACUUUAUCGUGAGCAGUCCUCAAAUGCGAGAGUAUGUGAAUCUUAAUCCCGAGCUCCCACAGAUAUUCAAUGACCCUGCUAUAUUUCUCCAGACAUGGGAGGCUGCACGUAAUGAACUCAUGCAUGAGACGAUAAGAACUAUUCAAUGGUCAUUGAGCCACACUGAAUCGUCUCUUGAGGAAUUUAACAUGCUAAGGCACAUGUAUGAGAAUGUCCAAGAGCCAUUUCUGAAUGCAACAAGCAUGGCUGGAGAUACAAGAAAUGAUUCAGGGACAAACCCGUUCGUGGCUCUUUUGGGAGCCCAGGAACAAGGUAGAAACUAGUCAACUAACCCUCCAGCUACUGGUUCUGACACAACUGCUUAUCCUCCUGCUCCAAACUUGAACCCAUUUUCGGAUCCUUGGGCAUCAGCUGACUGUAAGUUUCUAGCAAGUUUGUGGAUCUAAUUCUAUUUGCCGCUAGAUUUGACCUUGUUAAUUAAUCUCCUAUCUUGUUCACCAGGGUCUUCUGCAUAUUAAAAGAAACUUUUUAUCUCUUUCCUAUUUCUCAUUCUGGAGAUGCUUUCAUGCAUCUUCACUGCUUGGGUUCCAUGAAGUCAUCAUACUCAUGCAAUUUGUGCUUAGAACUUGAAUAUUUGAACACCUGUUCUCUGUAGCUACUUUUUUCUUUGUUUUUCUCCGGUAAAAAUAUUUCAAAGUUUACCAUAAUUUUGUCAGGAUUUCUUAAAAACAAUUUUAUACUUUUAACUAUAUCAGCUAAUGUCUUAUGUAUGUAGCAUUCAUUAUCUUGCUUCCCCCCUUCCCCCUUUUUCAACUACUUUUGAUAAGCGGGGUAUUGCCUUUUUACUCUAUUUUGCAGUUGGAGGUGCCCAAAUGAAUACCGCUCCCAGAUCAAAUGCUUCUAGGAAUAUUUGGGGACCCUCUCCUGGUUGUUUGGAUGACGUAGCAUAUUUGUAGCGAAUGCUAGGUGGCAUACCUGGCGCCUCUUCUGAAAAUCAGUUAAUAGGAUACCCAUCCACCUCACAGAUAAUGCAGCACAUAAACCAAGUAUUUAUUUAUUUAAUUUGUACUAAAGCUUACAAAUAGUCAUCGAGUUUAAGGUUUUAUUCUUUUUUCUCCUGGUUUUCUUUUUUUGUUGUUUGUGAUGGAGAAUUUCUUGUCAAGCUUCUCAUUUCUUGAGUAUCUUGGUGGUUAGAUUAUGGGGCUCGACCCCAACUCUUAUCCUGGGGAUUUGAUGCCAAAUCCUGAAUUAAUUCAUCAGUUGAUGUCGUCUAAGAGGAUGUAGGUAAAGAAUUUUUACAUGUUGUCUUUAAGUUUUGCUUGUUGGAAUUGUAGAAUGUGUAGGUGGUGCAUGCAGUGUGGCAAAUCUAGAAAAUCGGGUAUCACUCUCUUUUUGAUACAUAAAGGUUAAUGAUAACUUACAACUCAAUGAGGUAAAAGUUAUGUUAGAAAUAUGUUUAGAGCCUGUUUGGAUUGGCUCUGGGCUUUUAGCUUAUAAGCCAAAAGUCAUACUAUUUUUGUCACACUACAUGCACCACUUAAUAGAACUUUUUUGUUUUACACAUAUACUAACAUAAGUGCUUUAAAAAUAUUUUGGCUUAAAAAUACUUCAAUAAGUCAAUCCAAAUGGGCACUUAGUAGAUUUGUCGCAAACUUACACCUAGAGGUAAAUAAGUUAAAUUACAGCUUAAAAAGGUAAAUGUAUGACUUCUUCCAUUUUCAAUUUAUUUGUUUGGUUUUGACUUGGCUUGAAGUUGUAGAAAGUAAAGAAGACCUUUGUGUGGUCUUAAAUUAAAGAUAGGUAGAAUUCCAUAACAUCCUUUAAUCUUGUGGUCUUGUGGUCUUGAACAUGUGAAAAGUUAGAACUAAAAGAGUUGUCACAACAUGAAAAAGACAUUCUUUUUUAAAUAGACUAACAAAGAAAGUAGGACAAACAAAUUGAAAUUCAGGGAGUAUUAGAAAUUUGCAUAGUAGAAUUGGUGCAGAAAGAGCUUUUGCAGAUUGAUCUAGUGAGAACUUGAAUCAGAUUGUUUUAGAGAGAUUGUCAAAGAUGCACCAAGAGGUCACAGGAUAAUCAAUUGAGUUUAUAAAUGUAGUGUCUCUAUGUGUUGAAAAUGUAGAUGCGGUCUUAGUGGCUUAGUGUAACCAUUCUCAUUAGUGGUCGUACUGAUUACUGAAAUGACACUAAAUAUUAAUGCUGGGCAUCUGUAAGGAAAAAGAAUAAAAACAUUUACUAUGAAAAACAAAGGGGAAAAUAGCAACAGAAAAAAUCAAACAAAAAAAUAUUGUCUAUUUGUUAUUCGUUUCUCUUAUUGGACACCAUUGAACUACUUUCAACCCUUGCAAUUACUUUUUUAGAUUCAUUUUCUUACUAAUCUAAAUAAGCUAAGCUCCGACAAUGUUAAUUUAUCAAAAAUAAACUUUACAGAUUUUAGUGUCAAGUAUGACAUGAUAGACACUGUCCUUCAGAUUUUAUUAUUUCAAUACAGAACUAUACUUCAGAUUUUAUUAUUUAU